CUCAAAGAAAAUGGCGGCCUCCGGUCAGCAGCGGGCUUUCGCGCUAAAAAUCAACAAGAAUCAGUCUGCUGGAGAGGCGCGCCGCCAAGUUUCCUCAAGUUUCCGUGACUCGCGAGCCGGGGACCAGGGGCCAGCCACAAGUCCAAGUGUUGCUCUGACAGACGUAGUCGAGCCGCUAGAUUUUGAGGACUUCAUCUCCCAGCACCAGCACACUCUGGAGAAGGAACAGCUCCGAGAGUUUCUCGACUUUCCCGUGGACGACCUGGAAAUCGGCGUGGUCCCCCGCGAGAUCAGGACUCUGGAACCAUGUGUGCCUCAGAAUGGGUACGAGCAAGACCCUCAUGUGAAUGACUGUAUUCGUGUCUACACACAGGACUGGAAUGAAGUGAUGAGAAGGUAUCAGCAAUAUGGGUCAGGGUUCAUGCGAGACAGUGAGCUCAGCCGGAGGUCCAACACCACAGGGAUGGUCAAGCAGGUGUUUGAGGUGGACGAAGAUGAUGAUACCACACCAACCCCUCAGGAUGAUGAGGACCAAGCCAAGAGAAACUCUUCUGACAUGGAAGGGACACCGAGAGGAAGCUGGGCCUCCAGCAUCUUCGACCUGCAGAACUCUCAGUCGGACCCUCUCAUCCCCUCCCUGUUGGACAGACUGCCAGCAGAGGAGAUAGACAGACAAAACGAACAGCAAAGGGUGGAGGGGCGACACAACAACAUAUUCACUGUCUUUCCCUAUAAUGAUGAGGAAGAGCCUUUGGAGAAGAGAGCGAUAGCAGAAGUACCAAAGGAACAUUUUGGUCACCGACUUCUGGUGAAGUGCCUUACACUCAAGUUUGAGAUAGAAAUUGAGCCUAUAUUUGCAAUUAUGGCUCUCUACGAUGCCAAAGAGAAGAGAAAGAUUUCGGAGAACUUUUACUUUGACCUGAACUCAGACCAGGUGAAGAGCAUGCUGAAGCCCCACAUGACGUAUCCUGACAUCUCCACUCUCAGUCGCUCUGCCAUCUUCUCCAUCACAUAUCCAUCCAGCGACGUCUUUCUCGUCAUCAAGCUGGAGAAGGUUCUCCAACAAGGAGAGAUCACAGAUGUGGCAGAACCAUACAUGAAGGAGGCAGAAAGCCCAAAGAACCGUGAGAAAAUCCGUCAGACGGCACGGUACUUUUGUGAGAAGCUGGGAGCGUACCGGAUGCCGUUUGCCUGGACGGCCAUCAACCUGAUGAGCAUCGUGAACGGGGCAGGCAGUCUGGAGAGGGGCACAGACGGAGCCUCUGAUAAGGACUCCUCUGGUACUUCAUUUGAGCAGCGGCGUACCAGUAAGCUGGAAGACAGUUUCCGUAAGAAGAGUCUGACGGCCAUCGCGGGGUUCUCUGGUCUGCAGAGGAGCAGCUCGCUGGACCGCAGGACGGCCUGGAGAGAGGAGGGAGACUGGUCAAGUCUGGACACGUUCAGGGCCGUCACACUCACCGUGUCCAGUUUCUUCAAACAGGAGGGAGAUCGUUUGAAAGAUGAGGACCUGUACAAGUUUCUGAUGGACCUGAAGAGACCCUCCUCUGUACUGAAGAAGCUAAAGUGCAUCCCAGGUGCUUUGAAACUGGACAUCUCCCCAGCUCCAGAGAACUCCCCCUACUGCCUGACCCCGGAACUGCAUAAGGUUAACCCCUACCCUGAUGCCAGGGGAAGGCCGACGAAGGAGAUUGAGGAGUUUCCCACAAGAGAAGUCUUUCUUCCACACACUACAUACAAGAACCUGUUGUACAUCUACCCACAAAGCCUGAACUUCAGCAAUCGUCCGGGAUCGUCCAGGAACAUUGCUGUAAAGGUGCAGUUCAUGUCAGGAGAAGAUGAAGCUUCUUCCCUGAAGGUUAUCUUUGGAAAGUCCAGCUCUCCUGAGUUCCUGAAGGAAGCAUACACUGCUGUCACCUACCACAACAAGUCACCAGACUUCUAUGAGGAGGUUAAGAUCAAGAUGCCUCCUCACCUGUCAGACAACCACCACAUCCUCUUCACCUUCUACCACAUCAGCUGUCAGCGCAAGCAGGAGACAGGACCUGUGGAAACUCCCGUGGGAUACACGCGACCUCAACAGCUGAUCCCUCGAAAACUGGCUCAGGCCAUUCAGGAGACCGGUGGGCCCAUCGAGACGCCCAUAGGAUACACUUGGAUCCCAGUCCUGGCCAACGGUCGACUCCAGGUGGGAGAGUUCAGCCUCCCUGUCUCCAUGGAGAAGCCGCCACAGAGCUACUCUAUGCUCUCACCUGAUUCUUUCUCCAAGCCCAAUUUUGGGGUGCAGCUGCCUGGGAUGAAGUGGGUAGAUGGACACAAGGGACUCUUCACUGUCACCCUACAUGCUGUCUCAUCGGUCCACACACAGGACCCGUUCCUAGACAAGUUCCUGAGCCUGUGCCAUGCCGUGGAGGACACGAACCGUGUGCUGCCCACGAGGAUCGGGGAGGUGCGGAUCCAGGAGUCAAACCUGGAGCAGGAGCUGAAGAACAGUGUCCAGGCCCUGAGCCAGGCCCAGCCUGAACCACUGGUCACCUUCCUGUACCUCAUCCUGGAUAAACUCAUCAGUCUCAUCGUCAGGCCACCCAUCAUCGCUGGACAGAUAGUGAAUGUUGGUCAGUCAUCGUUCGAGGCCAUGGCUCAGAUUGUGGCCAGACUGCACACCAUGCUGGACUCCCAGGAUGCACAUGGGCGUAACUCCCUGCUGGCCUCCUACAUCUCCUACGUCUUCAGUACACCGCACGUGGACCAGACUGUUUCUCCAGGCAGUUCUCCUGGCAACAUGCCUGCUGCCAUGGCAGGGCCGGGAAGUUACGCCACCAUCAGUCGAUCCGGUGUGCCUCGUCCGAAGAGCCUGAACCUGAUGCCUCAACACCGCAGCCUGAGUAACAGUGACCCUGACCUCACCGCAACACCCAGUCCUGACGAGGAGGUGUCAGAUAUCACCGGCAAGGGCCAAUCAGAGCGUGGCCAGCUGCGGGCCAGUUUCCGACAGUCUAUGGCCGAGGGGAGUCCCAAGGUAGAGGGACUGGGAGGGAGACUUCCUAACAAGAAGAUUUUCCAUGAGGAGCUAGCCCUGCAGUGGGUUGUAUCCAGUGGCUCAGUGAGGGAGCUGGCUCUGUCUCACUCAUGGUUCUUCUUCGAGUUAAUGGUGAAGAGCAUGGCCCAGUACCUGGCUGCCUCAGACAAGUUGGAGACUCCCAGGAAGAUGCGUUUCCCUGAGCGUUUUCUGGACGACGUGUCUGCCCUGAUCGGCAUGAUGACAGGGGACAUCAUCGCCAGAUACAGCAAGGAUCUCCAGUUGAUCCAGCACCUGAAUGCCAGCUUGGCAUUCUUCCUGAACGAUCUGUUAUCACUCAUGGACAGGGGCUUCGUCUUCAAUCUCAUCAAGACAUACUGUAAACAGGUAUCAGGGAAGAUUGCUUCUCUGGCCAACGCCACGACUCUGACCACCCUGAAGCUGGAGUUCCUGCGCAUCAUCUGCAGCCACGAGCACUUUGUCGUGCUGAAUCUCCCGUUCGUGGCGCCCGCCUCGCGCCCGUCCUCGCCCUGCCCCUCCAUCUCCAGCUCCACGUCCCAGAGCUCCUACAUCUCCAGCAGCACGGUGACAGACAAGGGCGGGGUGGGGGAACUGUCGGUGGAGUUCAGACAGCAGCACUUCCCUGUCGGCAUGCUGUUGUCAGAACUGUCAGUGGUGCUGGACGGAGAGAACCAGAAUCUGCAUCGCCAGGCGAUCAACGCGGUGCUGAACCUGAUCGCCAGCCACGACUGUGACCCUCGCUUCUCAGACCCAGAGGUUCGCUCCCACGUGGCCAAACUCUACCUGCCUGUGAUCGGCAUCGUGCUGGACAGCCUGACCCAGCUGAAUGACGGGACAGCGGAGCAGAAGAACAACAACAAGGGACAGGAGGACCAGCCGGCUCCCAUCAGUCAGUCUGUUGCCAUGGCGAUAGCUGGAACGUCAGUGUACCGCCCGGCCUCGUCUUAUUCACUGGACUCUAUGGGACAACAGAGUCGUUCGUCGACCCAGCUGACCCAGGAGUGCACGCGUAACCUGCUGAUGUGUUUCCUGUGGGUGAUUAAGAACCUGGACCGCUCGUUUCUCAGACAGUGGUGGUCAGAGAUGCCCUUCAUGAGGCUCAGCCAUGUGCUGGAGGUGCUCAUGGUGGCUGUGUCAUGCUUCGAGUACAGGGGAAAGAGAAAGCUGAAGAACCUGUCCUCCCAUUCCUUUAAGAAGUCCCAAGACGUGAAGUCCCGUCUGGAGGAGGCUAUCCUGGGGGGUGUGGGGGCCAGGAGUGAGAUGCUGAUGAGGAGGAAAGUCAGCGGGCUUGGAGUUCCAGCAGGAGUGACCUCGCCCACUGCAGGGGGCAUGGCUGCUGACACACGACUCAGGUGGAGGAAGGACCUCACGCACUGGAAGGAACUCUCAGAACAGGCGGACAGACCCAGAGACACGGAGAGCCAAGCCUUUAUGCAGGGUAACCUGGCAGCGGAGGCUAACAUGAUCAUCCUGGACACCCUGGAGCUGAUCGUACAGACUGUGUUAGUGUCGGACUCCCUGCAGAGUCUGCUGGGCAGUGUGCUGAGGGUUCUACUUCACUCCCUGGCCUGUCACCAGAGCACCUACGUACUACAGAACCUGUUUGCUACUCAGAGGGCCAUUGUCUUCAAGUUCCCAGAGCUGUUGUUUGAAGAGGAGACAGAGCAGUGUGCAGACUUGUGUUUGAGACUGCUGAGACACUGCAGCUCCUGUAUCAGUAACACUCGCUCACACUCCAGCGCUUCUCUUUACCUGCUCAUGAGACAGAACUUUGAGAUCGGAAACAACUUUGCUCGAGUGAAGAUGCAGGUAACUAUGUCCCUGUCGUCCCUGGUGGGGUCCUCCCAGUCCUUUAACGAGGAAUACCUGCGCAGGUCGCUCAAGACUAUCCUCAUGUACGCACAGGAGGAUGCUGAGCUACAGGGAACCACCUUCCCUGAACAGGUGCGAGACCUGGUGUUUAACCUGCACAUGAUCCUGUCAGACACGGUGAAGAUGAAAGAGUUUCAGGAGGACCCUGAGAUGCUGCUGGACCUCAUGUACAGGAUAGCCAAGGGAUACCAGAACUCUCCAGAUCUCAGGCUGACCUGGUUACAGAACAUGGCUGGCAAGCAUACUGAGAGAGGAAACCAUGCAGAGGCAGCCCAGUGUUUGGUCCACUCAGCAGCACUGGUGGCAGAAUAUCUCAACAUGCUGGAGGACAAGACUUACCUGCCCAUCGGCUGUGUCUCCUUCCAGAACAUAUCGUCCAACGUGCUGGAGGAGAGUGCAGUGUCGGAUGAUGUGGUGUCCCCAGACGAGGAGGGGAUCUGUACAGGGAAGUUCUUCACUGAGCUGGGGCUGGUCGGUCUGCUGGAACAGGCUGCCAACGCAUUCUCUAUGGCCCAAAUGUACGAGGCCCUGAAUGAGACCUAUAAGAUCCUGAUCCCCAUCCACGAGGCAGAGAGGAGUCACAAGAAGCUGGCCACCAUCCAUGGGAAACUACAGGAGGCUUUCCAACAGAUUAUCAAACAGGACCAGGCUGGGAAGAGAAUGUUUGGCACGUUCUUCAGAGUGGGCUUCUAUGGCAGCAAGUUUGGAGACCUGGAUGGGGAGGAGUUUGUGUACAAGGAGCCGGCCAUCACUAAACUCCCCGAGAUCGCACACAGGCUGGAGAGUUUCUAUGCAGACAGGUUUGGUCAGGACCUGGUGGAGGUGAUUAAAGACUCGAGCCCUGUGGACUCCUCCCGACUCCACCCCAACAAGGCGUACAUCCAGCUCACCUACGUGGAGCCGUACUUCGACUUGUACGAGAUGAAGGACAGGAUAUCGUACUUCGACAAGAACUACAAUCUGAGGCGCUUCAUGUUUGCCACACCCUUCACGAAAGACGGUCGUGCCCACGGAGAGCUGACAGAACAGUACAAGAGGAAAACUAUCCUCACCACAGCUAACGCCUUUCCCUACGUCAAGACCAGAGUCAGCGUGGUCUAUAGAGUGGAGAUUGUUCUGACUCCAGUGGAGGUUGCUAUAGAAGAUAUCCAGAAGAAGACAAAAGAGUUGUUCCUGGCCACGACUCAGGACCCAGCCGACCCGAAGAUGCUACAGAUGGUGCUGCAGGGCUGUAUUGGCACCACGGUUAACCAGGGCCCUCUCGAGGUGGCCACUGCGUUCCUGACGGACCUGCCUGAUGAUCUGUCCCUGGCCAAGCACUACAACAAACUCAGGCUCUGUUUCAAGGACUUCUCCAAGAAAUGUAGCGAUGCGCUGAAGAAGAACCGCAGCCUGAUCGGUCCUGACCAGAAGGAGUACCAGCAUGAGCUGGAGAGGAACUACCGACGCUUCACGGAGCGACUCACGCCAUUGGUCAACGACAAACGAAUCAUUAACAUAAUGAGGAACACGAGAAGAGAUGCAGUUACUGGCUACAGAAAGACGACAGUGUAGACUCUGUGGUCCAGACCAGAUGCCUUUAUACAUGGCUGGGAUGAGAACGUACAAACCAUUGCCUUCAGAACUGUUGCACACAUUCGCACACAACAGCAAACUUCACCUAUGCAGCGAUAUAGCCAGAGAGCUAUACAUCGUGCCUGCUCCAACCUAGGGGUUGCAAACUGAUCUGCACAACAGACUGGUCCUGGCUGUCAAUCAAAAUUAGCAUUCAACCAAUCAGAGAUUGAAUACACCCUGGCUUUCAAUCGUAAUUAGCAGCUUAACCAAUCAGAAAUCAGAUGUGUCCUGGCUGUCAAUCUUAAUUAACAGUUCAACCAAUCAGAGGGCAGAUGCACAUUGAUGAAAUGUGUGCAUUUUUGUGUUUUUGUUUCGCAUUUGACCAAGGUAGACAGGACCAUAGGACCAGUCUGUUGUUCACCUUGCUGGGAUGCGUAGUCCCCUAUACUAUGCAGAAAUUCAUAGAAACACAAUAGGCUUCUAUAUACUAGGUGUCUUAGGAAUAUACGGAUCUGAUUGUAACAUUAACUGUGCCUAGAAGUAGAAUAUAAGAUUUCAUUGCAGUUUUUAAUCCGGUCUCUAGUUGAUUGAAGUGUUGAAGAGAGGAAUAUGCUCGGUAGCUUGGUAAGGGCAUGUCAGAGUCACCCAAGUGUUCAAAGAAAUAAUCUUCAAGUUGGGAGCACAUUUCAUGGCUUGAAAGGAAGAGCAAAGGUAACAUCAUACACAAACAUGUGGCUUUUUACAGCGUGUGAUGUCACUUACAGUUUACCCUCUGCAAUACAAACAUUGGUAUGGCCCAUGCAAACUGUGCCACAUACUAUGUACUGCCUAAAGACAGGACCAUUAGGACGUGGGGGGGCAUUACUGGUAUUAAACAAAGGAAGUGGAGGAGUGGUAUGACUUCAGUACCAGAGAGAUAGUAGUUGGAUAGAAUUAAUUCAAAGUUUGAAAUGAAGAAACCCAAGUUUAGCAAGGCAAUACAAACACAGACAUACACAUGUCCAACUCAUGUUGCAUUCAUAUUCUUGUUGUGGAAGCUUAUUUUGAGGCAUGAUAAAUGCAUAUAAAAGUUGGUUUGUUUCAUUCCAGAGUCACUUCUCCCUGAUACUUUUUGUAUGAACAUGUGUCAGGUUAGUUGAUGGUGGAAAAUUUGAGUAAAUUGUUACCAUUCCAAGUCAGUAUUCAACAGUUUAAGCCCUACAUUGAUUCAUUGUUCUGACUAUGAAUGAUGCUUCUGACUGUAUAAUAGAUGAUAACUUAAAGAAAUAUCAAACAGAUGUGUGCUUUGUUAUGACUAAUGUCUUCAGUAUUCAUUUCAAGACAUUUAGAAAUGAUUUUUGCAUCAUGUGGGAUUUACUAUUCCAUUCCUUGUACAUAAUAGUACUGGACCAAUAUAGAUUUGCUUAUCCGUAAUCUCUAACUUUGAAUGUUUAUAAGUAUAUCAGACAUACAUGUUGACGUUGUUGAGUGAUAAUUUGUAUCUGUUGCAGUUACAUGUAGGUACUGUUCUGAAAACUGUUUGAAACUAACUCCAGUUUCAGUUAUUUUUUUCUCUUGUUAGCCAUUGAGCUGUGACUUAAACUGUGUGCAGGAAUGUAUAUAUUUACAGUUAAGCUCAAAUUAGAAAACCAUUGUUUGUAACAAAGAUGUGAUUUGUUUUGUUUUGUUUUGUUUUGUGGCAGCUAUAUAUAACCUAGACUGUGCUUCAGUACUUUGAGGAUUAAUGUUGUCAAAGCUUUACUCUGUAGACAUUUGUAUUUACCACUCUCUUUUGUUAAUACUCAAUGAAUGAAUGAUGCCUGUAGCUUCAAGAGAUAUUGGGAGAAACCACAGACUUACUGGUAUGUAUGAAAGGAAAACAUUAACAACACAGAGUGGGGUAUUCUACCAUAGUGUAUGUAGCUCUUUCUCAAUGAUUGUCAGUGCUUGAGUACUAUGUAUAAGGUAGAUUGUAUAUUUGGUACUGUAUAUUGUUUUUGUUGACAAGAUUGUUUGGUAUUGUAUAUUGCUUUUGUUGAGAAACUUUUACUUUAAGCAUCUACACAUUAUGCACCUAUAUGUGUACCUGUGACAGACAAAAGCACAGAUUCUGUUUGGACUAGCUUUGUUACUUGCAAUCUACACAGCACUAAUGUUUAAGUAGAACUAUUAUAAUGAUAAAAAUAGUAUUACCAUGUUAUUUAGCCAUUGGUAACUAAAUCUACUAUCAGAUAUAUUAAGAUGAGCUGCUGCCUAGGUGCAUGCUAGAAACGAGAUACUAUAUGAUGUGUCUUGUAGAGAAUCAUGUUAAAGAAUCGCACAGAAAGGACUUUAGGGUAAGGUGUCUGGUACCUACAUGUAUGCUGAAACAAAGCAAUCAGAGAUGGCAGACUUUGCCCUCUCCCUGUUGGUCAGAGAAAGACACCCAAAACGAAAGCAUUCUACUCUUUGCACCUACAGUUACUAUACUUAGUAUAUUAGGUACCAGACCCUACUCUCUGUCUCAGUACUACAAAAUGUAGCUGCUCUUAGCCGAUGCCUUGAGACUCAGUGAAGAAUCUUAGAUGCCUUUCUCAUCUCACUGUCUUUCUCCACACAUCAAUUGAUGAUGUACAACUUAUACACAAGCUGUAGAAGACUCAAAAAUGGAUAUUAAUGAAUUAAACAUUUGUGAAACGAA